AUGUCCAAACCAACUGUUGCUAUUAUUGGAACCUCAGGGUUCUUAGGUAAGCCUACCUUAGAUGCUUUUGAAAGUUCAGAUUUUGCAGAUAAAUUUCAAUUUCCAAUUAAAGCAUUAUCCAGAUCAUCCAAACCAUCAACUGAUAAAAUCAAGUUCAUCCAAGGCACGUUGGACGAAGAAGGAAUUGAUAAGGUUGUUGAAGCACUUAAAGGUGUUGAUGUGAUUAUCGAAUUAUCCGGACCUGAAGUCUUUGGGCCAGUUGAAAAUUUAGUGAAGCAAGUUAAGCCAAAGUUAUUCAUUCCUUCACAAUUUGGAACUGAAAUUGACAAGUCUGAUAAAUUAUUCCCAGGAUUUUUAGGCAUCAAGACAAAGCACUCUAAGGUGGCUAGAGAUGCAGGCAUUAAGGUGGUGGAUAUUAUUACUUCCUUAUUCGCUGCUCCAGGAGCCUUUUUAUACGAGAUCGUGGGACAAGUUGGUCUUGAUCCAAAAUCAAAGAGUGUCACUUAUAGAGGGGAUCCAGAUAUCAAGUUUGCUUUCACCCACGUUAAUGAUAUUGGUAGAUCAGUUGCAGCAACCGCUGCCAUUGAUCCUUCAAAAUUACCUGACAAGAUCAGAAUCCAAUCGGGAUUAAUCACGCCUAGACAAGUUGUUGAAAAAUAUGAAAAGGACCACAAUGUGAAACUUACAGUCAAAAACGAAUCGGCUGAAGAAGCAUUAAAGGAGGCACAAGCAAAGUAUGCUAAAGGUUUCGAUUUCGCCGAUUUCUUGUAUUACUUGAGUGUUGUUCUUUACCAAGGUGUUGAUAAUGGAUUAUCAUUUUCUCAAAACGAGAAUGAAAUCGUUAAUCCAGGCGAUAAAUCAUGGACCUGGGAAAAAUAUUAG